ACGCGCGCGCGCAGCAGCCCCGCCCCCGGCCGCGCCAUGGCGGCGCCGCGGCUCAGCCCCUGACAGCAGCAGCAGCAGGAGCAGGCCGCCCGCCAUCGCCGCCGUCCGUCGCCGCCGCCUUCGCCGCCUCCUCCCGCCGCUCUCCCCGGCGGGAGGAGCCGCGAGGAAGCUGUCAUGCAGGAACCCGGCCCGGAUCCGCCCGACCCUACCGACAACAGCACUCCCACCUCCCCAGGCGGCGGCGGGGAGGCUUCGUGGCUGCUCGGGGUUUUCGAGGCGGCGCGCGGCGCCUCCCUCCUCAGCGCCUCCCCCGCCGAGACGCCGCCGCUGACGGUGGUGGCGGUGGAGCGGUACCUGGCCGAGGCUCCGCCGUCCCCCCCGGCGCCGCCGUGCCCUGCCGCCGCCGUGCCCCCGCAGUACUGGUACGACGUGACCCUGGCGGACGGCUCCCGGCAGGAGCGCUGCCACCUGGCGCCGAGCCUCAACGGCCUGGUGCAGCGCGGCCACCUGCGGGCCGGCGACCGCCUGCGCCUCACGCGCUGCUCCUACCUCUACGACGAGCGGCGCCUCCGCUACGGCUUCCCCUGCCUGGAGGGCGUCGAGCGGGUGGCCGGGGAGCCGCCCGCCGUCCCCGUGCCCGUCGCCUCAGCGCCGCGCUGCCCGCCCCUGCGCGGCGAGAGGAAGCACUACCUGCCGCUCUGGAACAACGAGGAUCCCUACGGGGACGCCUGGGAGGCCGAAAAGCCGCCGGAGAAGGUGGACGUUGAUGUCUCUAAGCUGACUUCUCUUGGUCAGCUGGAAAUGACAUGGAGAAGCAGAGUUCACUUCCAUCCGCUGCUUGUCAGAGUGCUGCACAAGUCUAGGCUAAGGUACUACGGGAAGCCAGAGAAAAAGAUGGAUGUGCCGUAUCAGGCUUACUUUGAAGUUGCUGAUAGCUCAGGCAUGAUGUCGAUGGUUUUGUGGAAUUCGUUAUGUCCCGAAUGGUAUAACAGUAUGAAGGUUGGCACGGUACUACUUCUUGAACAGUAUGCUAUCAAAAACAGUUAUCCAUUUAAAACAAAGCCAACCCCGGGAGAUUCACAGAUGAAGAGAUUUGCUACAAUUGAAAUCAGCCUUAAUGUACGUGACCCACCUACCAAAAUAAGUAUCAUUCCAGAAGAAAUGGUUAAGCCAGAGUGGGGAUUACCUGAAGUUAAAUACCGCUUUAUCACAAGGUCAGAGCUGGAUAACUUACCAAACAAUCAUUCCUGUGAUGUUAUUGGUCUUGUGACGUUUGUAGGAAGGAUUGAACGAGCAAGAAAGAGAGAACGCAGUGAAGACUUCUGGCUCUAUCGUUGGGCGCAUGCCAUUGAUGGGACCUCAGAGCAACCGUUUAUACUGGAAAUAUUUGCAACUUCUCAGCCAGAUGUGUUUGAGCGUAUUCAUCCAAUGACAUACUUGGUGUGUACACAGAUGAGAGUGGUACGGGACCUCACUGACAAUCCUUCCAGCACAAUUUACCUUACGACUUCAAAUGAAAGUCAAAUAUUCAUUACAGGGUGUCACAAGGGCCAGCCAUACACCAGAGAUACCAAAGUGAAAAACUUCAUUCACUGGACUAAAACACAGAGUGAAGCUGAUCAAAUGAAGAAAACUGUCAUUGGUGGCUAUUAUCCUCUUCCACGACCUCCAAAUAGCUUUCUGAAGUAUUGUAAAAGUAAUAAAGUUGAAUCAGUUUUGAAAGCCGUAGGUGAAAUGGGGAAAGAAAUUGAAGAUUUGCACUACAGGGAACACAAGCGCAUUGCUAUUCAAGGAAUAAUUAGCGCCAUAAGAUACAUCAACUGUAGCAAUGUAGCUGAAGAUGCCUCAGGAGUAGAACCUGUUCAGAAAGAUACUUCUCAGUCUCUUGAAAGUUCUACUGUGUCCAAAGAAGAUGGUGUUCAGAAGGGAAACCUUCAAACUAAAGAGUUCACGUCUUUUCUGGGGCCACAGUGUGCUCCUGGGAAACAAUGGCAUCAAACUCUACAAUCGAAAAAGAGCACAGUCAAGAGAAAGACAGAAGCAGAACAGGGAAGUGCAUCUGUUAUUCCUGUACCAUCUCACCACUAUUUCACACGGUCUGCAAGAAAGAAAUUUAGCUUGGACAAAUUUCAACAUGAAGAUUUUGUUCAAGACAAAAAUGAACAGCCUGUAUCAGACAGUUCACAGUACUACCCAGACCAAGAAGGAGUAAGUGCUAUACCUGAAACUGAAGAGACUGGAGGAACUCGUGAUUCAUGGCAGAGUGACCUGUGGGCACAAGUAAAAGACAAGCUGCUGAAAUAUUUGCAUCACAGCACAGUUUUCCCAGAAAGCAUCCCACGUAAAUUUGAUUAUGUGCACAAAGACUUACUUAUGCAACAGUACAACCUUCAUGCAGCUGUGUACCAGCCAAAAGAAACUAGAACAGAUAAAAAUAUCAAUGAGUUUAAAAGCGCUAGUGGCCUUGGGUAUUAUGAAGUGACAGUUCUGGGUAUAAACCACGAUGUAGCAGUAGAUGUCGCAUUUCUCCCACUCUUCUGUCCUGAAGACCCACACUUACUUCAAAUGGAGGACAUUGAAAAUGAUACGUUAUUGUCUUGCAUGAGUUGCAUCUCUGCUUGUCAGCAGAAGACCACCAGCUAUGGAACGCUACAUGACACCUUUCCACUUUCAAAUGAAAUUGUAAGAGCAGCGAUGGAUCUAGACGGCAAACAUGUUGUCUGUAUCUUGGACAUCUGUCAAUUGGGUGAUGAUAAGGUGGAAGUCUUUCUGAGCAAAAUCUACAAGACGGUGGAACCAGAUGUGCUGGACCUAGUCUGUAAUCCAAAUGCAUGAGGGAACUCAGCAGCUCCAAGAAGCUGCUGCUUCCAGGAGGGCAAAAGGCUCAAGAAUACUGUCAAGAUGUUAAGUCUCUACAAGCCAGCAGCUGCUGAGUUCCGAACCAAGUCCUGCUUUUUCUUCCCGUUGGCCUCAAAUCACUUAUGCAACUGGAUCUUUGGGAAAUUAUUCUCAAGCAGGAUCCUAAAACACAUUGCUGCUUGACAACUUGUCCAUAUGCAAUGCUGGUCUCAGCUCAGUUGUUUGAGAAGAAAUGAUUGCAUUGUGGAAGCUUGCCACUUAAAUUGUACCAUUAUUGACUAAAGCCCACAGAAUUAAUUUAUAGGAACAGAUUUGUUCUUUUUUGAAAAACUUUCUAGGUAUGUUUUAGCUCCCUGUUGGUAAUUAGGCAGUAUCUUUUUCAAGUAGCGGCUCACUUGUUUGCUCUGGGGACAAUGGACUUUGUCUUCAGGUCCUACAACUCGCUACCCUAACUUCAGUUAAUGGUAAUUGAAGGACAAAGUUAACUGUAUUAUAAUAGAGUUUCAAUGCAACUUUGUAUAAAAAGUAAAUGUCUUAAUGUUUAGGGAAAAAAAAGGUUAAAAUUAUUCUGAGUUUCUACCAUGGUUUACAAUUUAAAAAUGUAUUAAUGAGAAAAGUUUAACUUAAAUUGCACAGACGAAAAGUGAAUUAAAUGUGACUUUGUGUUGUUUAUGUUUAUAUUUUAUAUGGAUCGUAAUAGUAUUAACUCUAGAGCAACGUUUGUCAACCCAUGGCUUUCAGAGUACUUUGUAACCUUGCCACAGAAGGCAAAAUGAAGACAGGACAACCCCAGAAGAGCAGGGUGUUGCUUGCAAUUACUUGUGUAAUUUUGUUGCUCAUGGGUAUAUGAAGAUAAGAAGCUCUAGAGUGAGGAAAUUAGCACCAGCACUUCAUGUACCAAACUGAGCCAUGCUGACUGUGUCAGCAUUUUCUUAAUUUAGAUAUACUUCAGGUGGAAGUCUAAUUUUAAUAAAACCAUUAUUUCUAGAAGCAAUUUUAAAAAAUAGUUAUCUUUGUAUGAAAGGACUGAUGUGGCAAACAGAGUCACAGAGUCACUGUAUUCGGUUGUUCUAGCCACUCAAUCCAUCCCCUGCAAUAAAAAUCCAGCAAAGAUCAUUUGCUGCAUUGCACUGCUUACUAUACUUUAAAUAUGUAGCAUUAAUCAUUUGAUCCUCCGUGUUAGGAGGUUUCCUAACUCUACAAAAUGUAUCAGAAUGAUGUAGACUAUGUGUAAUGUGCACUUGAGACUUUUUAAUAAGUCCAUAACUAUUUUACAGAAAUAGUGGUUGAAAUUUUUCAUGGCAAAAACAGAGGAGGAGACAUAUUCACUCCUGCAGAAUGAAGUGCCAACGUUAGAUGCAUACACUGUCUUUGUAUAGGUGGAGAAUAUUCAGCGCCUAUAGUAGACUUGGAAUUUGAAUACUCAGGGUAAUUCUUAAGAAGAACCUACCCCAUCCUCAUAAGUUACAUUGAACUUGGUAUGCCAACUUCAGGUUUUGAAGUGUUUUUUGUGUUGUUACAUGAUUCUACCAGUCUGUCUGUGUCAAAAGAGCACUGUAUAACUGGGGAGAAAGUCCAGUCUGAAAAAAACUACUGGCUAUUUUAUUUGGUGUUUAUUGACACAACUAUAAACCAAAGUAUUUUUGUUCCUGAGUUUGUCAAAAUGUGUUAAUUUUGCCAUGUGAAACCGAAAUAGCAUCUUUACUCCUGCAAAUUAUGCCAUAGGAAUCAUCUUUCUUGCUGCUGUGUAUUGUCACUGAAAUCCUGCAUUUCCAUGUUUCAUAUGUUUCCAGCAUUAAUAUCAAAGUAAAACAUAGGAAAGUAAACUGAGUGUGAAAUUAAUGGUACUUUUGUAUGUAUAAAACUUUGUAAGUUAUAGAUCUUAGAGGUAAGAUCAGUUUCAACUUAAUGUGAUGUAGAAAUAGUAUAACAGUGGAAACUGGAGAAUAUAAAUAAAUAAGUUAAUAUCUGUAAA